UCAUUCAAACAUGUUGGUGGUCAUUCCGUUUCUUGCGUGUUGUAUCAUUUGGGCAAUUGCCAGCCCAAUUAGUACUGAUAUCAGCUGCACAAUAUCUACACAAUACAAAAUUGGCGAUCUUAAGGAGCCUGAACCAUUGCUCCUAAAACAGGUCGACAACAAUGCGACCAUCUGGUACCCGGAUGACGAUGACGGGACACUGAGGAUAUUCGCGGGUGACUCCAUUUAUCUGGCAUGCCCAGGCAAAAAUAAUUAUUUCCAAAAAAGAAAUUACAAUGAGGUCGAAGCAGUUUGCGUAAAAGAUAAGGUGUUUAAGGUGAAAGGCGUUCGCCAGCAUAUCUCGUCUCUAGUUUGUAAAUUUUAUCCCGAGCAUCAUGCUCAAUAUAUGGACACGCCGUCUUGCCUCGACGAACAAAGCUCCAUUGAGAUUGGUUUCAACGUGAGAGACACCUUCAUCCGCACUAUUGAAUUAUGCCGCGACAAGAAGACAUAUACGACGUACUACACGAAGUUCACGAUGACGAAAAUGAUCAAAAGUAAUCAAAGGAACUAUCCCAGACCGUUCAAGUUCCUAGUAGGAAAAUUUUAUCCCUGGAUAAAUAUGGACUAUCUGUACAAAUUUGAAACUCAAUUAGAUACCCUCGCCAGAAUCCUGAAUUCGAUCGAGUUGGCUAAAAAACGAUUGAAGAAAUCAUUGCAAUUUCUUUCCCGCGGACAUCUAGUAGCCAAAACGGAUUUCGUCUACGGCAGCCAGCAGAGGUCAACCUUUUGGUACUUGAAUACCGCACCUCAGUGGCAGACUUUUAAUGCUGGUAAUUGGAAUUUCCUGGAGAUCAGCAUCAGACACUUCGCCGCCAGCCGCCGUUUGGACCUCGACGUUUACACGGGAGUGCACGGUCAGAUGACCAUGGAAGACAUUCAUAAUGAACAGCAACCCGUAUAUCUCGCCGAAGACAUCAUAUCUGUACCCAAGUUCUAUUGGAAAGUCAUCUACGAUCCAUUGAGCAAAUGUGGUACGGCGUUUGUGGGUCUCAAUGAUCCGUUCAUCACAUUAGUCACAGACGAUGUAUAUCUCUGCACAGAUAUCAGCGAAAGGAUUGAGUGGCUGAACUGGGAACCAUCCAAUAUCACGUUAGGAAUCUCUUAUGCCUGCAGCGUCGAUGAUCUACGAAAGGCGUUGCCCGUCGUGCCGCUGCUCGAUGUGAUUGAUAUUCUAAUGUAACACGAGUGAAUCACUUAGUUCUUUUAUG